CUUAAAUCGCUUUUCACCGCAAAGUCCAACGUUUGCCAUUUUGUAUAAAUAGUGGCUGUUAUUCAGCAUAUUUUCUGGCAUCAUUCUACAUCACUUUCUCUCUCAUCUACAAGACUCUCGCAUCUCAAAAGACAUCUUCUCGCUCAUCAAAAUGAAGUUCAGCAUCCUCACUGCCCUUACCGCCAUUGUCGGCAGCGCUGCCGCCGCUAACCAGGCUGUUGUCACCAACGACUGUUCUGGUACUAUCUAUGUUCAGUCUUGGCCUUAUAAUGGCGGUGCUCCUGGACCUCUGGUGACCCUCAAGCCCGGACAGAAGUUCUCUGAGAACCUUCGCUCCACUGGAUCGACCGUCAAGAUUGCUACUACCAAGACUCUUACCAACCCUCUCUUCUUCGGUUACUCCUCUACCUCCAAGCCCAACUACGUUUACUACGAGUUCAGCACUCAAUGGGGUAACCCCUUCGCUAACAAGCACAACAUCCUCACCACUGGUAAGGGAUGCAAGCAGUUUGACUGCAAGGCCGGUGAUGCUUCUUGCUACAGCACUCCCAGCAUGAAGAAGGUCUAUGGUUGCCCUAGCCCAGCCACUAUCUCUGCCACCAUCUGCGCCAAAUAGAGGAGACGUCCAGUGUAUGACUAGUGGACCCUUUGAACGAAGGAAUGAAGCAUUUGAGAGAAGGAGAAUAGAGAGAGAAAUGUAUAGAUCGUAUCUGUCGAGAUAGUAAUAUAUAUUCAAUAAUGUAAA